CCAGUUCCCAUAGAAUGCAUUUUUUGGCAGACAGUAUGUAAGUAAUUGAGUCAGACACACAAAAAGGGAGGGCGUGGUGUUUUGGGACCUUAUCUGCUCCCUGCAGCGCUAUAAGUGUGUGUGUAUAUGUGUGUGUGUAUGUGUGUGUGUACAUGCAUGUGUAUGUCGGGUAGAGGCCACCGCUUUUCCAAAGAUCGUUAAAGUAUAUCUGGUGUUUUUCGCCACUUUACCAGGCUGUGUUGCUGAUCCACUUCCUGUUCAUCAUUCGGAUUAAUCUUUACGUGAGCUUGUACUACCAUGCUGCGUGUACGAGUAUACGCUUUCCUUUGUUUUGAGUUAUCCUCGACCCAGACCUGGUUGUAAGACACCAACUGUGUAAGAUGAGCAAGUCCCCCACCCCGAAGGGCACCCCGGUGCAGCGCAGCCCCAGUGAUGGGGUCCCGGAGGGCCUCCAGUCUCCUCAGCAUUCAACACCAAGCUCUGGACCCCAGCUUAAGAAACGCAUCUCUAGCCUCCUUCAGAGUCCGUCAUUCAGGGAGGAACUGGAUGUGCUGAUUCAGGAACAGAUGAAAAAAGGCGGCAACUCCUCAAACCUAUGGGCACUCAGGCAGUUGGCGGACUACAUGACCUUGCAUGGCUCCCCGGCCACCCUACCUGUCUCCCCAUCCAACAUGAUGAUGGUGACGCCCAUCAAUGACCUCCAGGGCUGCGACCCUGGCAGCAUGGUGAAAGGGGAAAGACUGAUGCGCUGCAAACUCGCCAGCGUCCAUCGUCUGUUUGAUCUCUACGGCUGGUCCCAGAUCAGUCACACCUGUCUCACUCUGCGAGUCAGCAAAGAACAGGAACACUUCUUGGUGCUACCCGACGGCCUGGCUUAUAGCGAGGUUACUGGAUCAAGCCUGGUAAAGGUGAAUAUCUUGGGUGAAAUAGUGGAGAAGGGCAGUACCAACCUUGGCGUGGACGAAGAGAAGUUCAGCCUGCACUCAGCCAUCUACUCGGCCCGACCUGAUGCUCGCUGCCUACUCCACCUUCAUACGCCGGCCACAGCUGCAGUUUCAGCCAUUAAAUGUGGCCUCCUGCCAUUAUCCCACGAGGCACUGCUCGUGGGUGAUGUCGCCUAUUAUGAAUUCAAUGGAGUCAUGGAUGCGGAGGAGGAACGUGUGGAGCUUCAGAAAAGCCUCGGACCCACUUGUAAGGUUCUGGUGCUCAGAAAUCAUGGAAUAGUGGCCCUGGGGGAGUCCGUGGAGGAGGCAUUCUACACAAUCUACCACAUUCAGGCUGCCUGUCAGAUCCAGGUAUCAGCACUGUGUAGUGCCGGGGGCGAAAAGAACCUGAUCCUCCUUGACCGGACCACUCAUAAACCCAACUAUGCUGGAACAGUGGGUAGAACCGGCUCUACCUUUGGUCCAAUGCACAAGAGCCGCAUUGGAGAGCACGAGUUUGAAGCCCUUAUGAGAACGCUAGAUAAUUUGGGUUACCGUACAGGCUACACCUACCGUUUCCCGUUACUGCUCGAAAGAUCACGAACACGAAGGGAUAUAGAGGUUCCUGCGACCGCCACAGCCUUUCACCAGUUUGACGAUGACGGAGUCCCUUUGGGUCUCAAGCAGCAUCCUUUUACGCAGCGCCAGCAGCAGGAGAGAACUCGAUGGCUCAAUACUCCGAAUACCUACCAAAAAGUCAGCCAGGAGCAGGCCAGUCCUGGACAGCGGACCACUUGGAUGAAGACAGAAGAGGUGACACAAGCUGGCAGUACAUCCAUCAAGAUAGAAAACCCCAACCAGUUUGUGCCUCUUUUUACCAACCCUCGGGAAGUGAUUGAGACACGAAACAAGAUCCGACAGCAGAAUCGCCAGGACAUGAAGACAGCAGGUCCACAGUCUCAAGUCCUCGCCAGUGUCAUAACGGACGAUAGUCCUCCGUCUCCGGUCAGCCCACCACAAGUUCCACCAGAGCCUGAAACCCCAAACCCCUUUAACCAGCUGACAGACCAGGAACUCGAGGAGUAUCGCAAGGAAGUGCAGAAGAAACAGGACAGUGGGACCAACGGGGAGGAGGUGGCAGAUGAGACUUCGCCUGCUACCUCCCCCACAAAGGGCCCUCUGCCCAACCAAUCUCCCCUCUCAGGAGAUGCCAAAACGGACUCUCCAGUCAUACAAAACGGAGGUGAAGAGGAGAAACAAGCGACCGAAGAACUGGAGAAAGGGAUGAAAGCCCUUUCCACCAACGACUCCUCUGCUACUACCGACGUGUCGGCCAAACCGCAGGGCGGCACCCCCGAAGGCUCGCCAUCAAAGUCCCCGUCAAAGAAGAAAAAGAAGUUUAAGCCGCCGUCGUUCCUGAAAAAAAGCAAGAAGCAGAAGGAGAAAGCGGAAACCUGAGUUUUGAAACCUCGAUGAAUUAUCGCUGAGGUGUGUCUUUGUGUAGGAUGCAGUAACAGACUGGUGCAGUUGACUGCCUUUCCAACACACAAACAGACAUAAAGACAACAAUCACACUUUUACUCUUUGCUUUGAAAAAAAAACAAAACAUACUAUUUGACCCACCGCUGAUCCCUUCAAUUUCAUCACAUUUUUCAACACUUUGUGUACCUAUCAUGUCUUUUUUGUCACCUACGGCUUAAUGAAACCAUGACUCAAGAAGCCAAUAACACUCCUUUUGGUCAAUUAAUAUAUUAAUACAAAAUAUACACAACUGCAACUCUCCAGUUCCCUAAAAUAGUGCACGCUUGAUCCCCUUACAAGCACUUGGAAUAAUGUAGAUUUACAUGUUGUGACUGAUCAUAGCAUCUAAUGGUUUAGCUAUAAGUAUAACAUUGAUGUUGCAGGUAUACUAAUGCACUGAUAGCUACUGAUUGUGCUACUGAAUGCUGUUUAUUGUUUAUUGACAAUAGAUGUUGUUAAAGCAAGGAAAAAAAAACAAGACAAAAGCUGGCAUCCUGUCUUGCGAGAAAAAGUGGUCAUCUAUAAGAUAUGUAACUGCAGCUUGAAGACUGGUAAAUAUACACUGACGGCACUAGUACAUUCCACAUUUUUCCACAUUUCAUAUGUGUAUACCAAAUACCUCCAGUUAAUUUCUGUCUUAAGUCGGACAGAAAAAAAACAACAAUGUUAAUGUGUUGUUUGCUCAUAGUUUUGUUGAUUUCAUAUUAGAAUGUGUAAGUGAAUGUUGCAAGUUUACCAUAUAUCUGUCAUGAUUA